AUGUCAUCAAACGUGAGCUUGACUUUUACCGACGUCGUCAGAAUCUUCAAAUCUUCAGAAUCGCGAAGCUAAGACGGCCGGCGAGAAAAUCAAGAACGCAAUUCAUCGUGUCGUUGGCGAACCUAAGGACAGCAGCUCCUACUCCUCCGAGGUUUGGAUCCUGGGGGAAAAAAAAGUUUUAAAUCAAGUUUUUUCAGAGCGAGAUCGACAACUACAAGGACAUGAAGGAGUUCGGAAGCGAGGUCGAGAAGUUCCGCCGCGACGACGGCAAGAAAUCCUCGCGUCGCAAGUCGAUGGACAGCGGCGACGAAGCCGAAGAACGCAGGAAAUACCGCGAAACGAAAAGAAAUCUCAAGGACAAAGUGAAUUUUCUUGUUUGUUGGAGGGUUUUAAGGAUCACUUCAGGCCGAGGAAGUGGGUAGCGACGCCGAGAGCGCCUACGAAGACGUCAAGGGAAAGGUGGGAGAGAUUGAAGAAUUCUCAGAAGAUUAUUUGUAUUUUAGGCUAAAGAGCAUGGUCGUGAGGCCAAGCGCCAAGUCAAGGACAAGUACCGCGACGCCAAGGAAAAGGGAAGCAGCAUCGCUAGCGACGUCGAAAGCGGCUGUGAGGACGCCAAGAGGACCGCCAAGAACAAGGUUAUUAUUAUCUCUUUGAGACUUCUUCCGAAGAUAUGGUAAAGCUUCUUGGAGUUACUCCAGCUUUUUUGGCUUCGAAGUCCAUGAAGAACUAAAGAACUACAUGAGCUUUUUUAAACAUUUAUUUUCAGGCCAGAGACGUCCGCGAAGGCUGGGAACGCACCAAAGACGACGCCAAGGACAAGUACCACAAUGCCAAAGAGGGAGCCAAGGAACGUUACGAACGCGCCAAAGAAGUCGGAAGCAGCGUCGAAAGUGACCUGGAGAGCGGCUAUGAAAACGCCAAGCACGCCACCAAAAACAAGGUUCCUUUCAGAAAAAAGAAAUUGCAGUUUCACGCCACUGAUUCUAGGCUGGAGACCUUCGUGAUGGCGCCAAAGACACUUGGGAGCGAGCCAAGGAACGAGGCAGCGAAGCCAACCGAACUGUCCGCCACAAGGCUGAAGAUUUGAAAGAAGGUGCCAAGGACCGUUACGAGAGGGCCAAGGACGUCGCUAGCGAUGUUGGAAGCGACCUGGAAAGCAGCUACGAAAACGCCAAGCAGGCCACCAAGAACAAGGUUCCAAUUUUCCCGAGAAAGUUCUAGAGAUUGAACCAUGCCGAUUCCAGGCAAGAGACCUCCGCGACGGCGCCGCUGACACUUGGGAAAGAGCCAAGGAGCGUGGCAGUGAUGCCAAGGACGCUGCCGGCCGCAAGUACCAUGAGGCAAAAAGGGCCGUUAAGGAUAAGGUUUUCCAUCAGACGGAAAUCAGAAAAAUCGAACCGAACCAUUUUCAGGCUGAAGAUGUGAGAGAGGCCGCCAGCGAUGUUGAGAGCGACGUCGAGGACAAAUAUGAAGACGCCAAGCGAGCUGUGAAGAACAAGGCUCACGACGUCAAGGAAGGGGCCGAAGACCGCUACGAACGUGUGAAAGACGCUGCCAGCGACGCCAGAGAUGGUGCGGCUCGCAAGUAUCGACAUGCCAAGGAAGCGGUCAAGGACACAGCCGAAGACGUCAAAGAAGGAGCUGAAGAGCGUUACGAACGCUUGAAGGACACUGCCAGUGACGCUAAAGAUUCUGCAGCUCGCAAGUACCGACACGCCAAGGAAGCCGUCAAAGACAAGGUGAUUACAGAAAAAAUUAAAGGAUUUUCAACAUCGAAAUUAAGGCCGAAGACAUCAAGGAAGGAGCCGAAGACCGCUACGAAUACACCAAAGCCCGAACCAAGGAGCUUAAGGACGACGCUGUCGAGAUGGCUUCUGACGCCAAAGACAACGUUGCUCACAAGCUUCACAACGCCAAAGAAUACAUCAAGGACAAGGUCUUUUUUCACUUAGACCUUCAGAAAAAAAAGACAAUUUUUAGGCAGAAGACAUCAAGGAAGGCACCGCCGAUCGCUACGAAUAUACCAAAGAGCGCACCAAGGAGCUCAAAGAUGAAGCCGCCGAUCUUGCCGUUGACGCCAAGGACAAUAUGGCUCACAAAAUGCACAACGCCAAGGAGUACGUUCAAGAAAAAGCGGUUGACGCCAAAGACGGCGCUGUCGAUCUCAAAGACAAGGUCGCUGAGAAGGCAGUCGUUGCCAAGGACUAUGCCGCCGAAGCCCUGGAGGAUGCCAAGGAAGUUGUGAAGGAGACGGUUUGAAAGAUGGGUUUCAGAAACAUUGAAAAAUGAUUUCAGGCUGCCGAGGCCAAGGAGAUCGCCAAAGAGGUUGCAGACGUCGUUGCUCACAAGUACGUCGGCGCCAAGGAGGUCAUCAAGGAGAAGGUUUGGGAUUGCGAAAAAAUGCUUUAUUUUGAAGUCCUGAUUACUCUGAUCCACUCCACAGCUUAAGAAGUAUCAGAACCACUCAAUAAUCUAACUUAAAUGUACUUUUCCCUGGAGAUUUUUUAUCUCAACUUUCUAAUGUACUCUUAUUUUACCUCAAAUUUACAGGCGGCAGACUUAAAAGAAGCGGCCGAAGAGCGCUACGAAGACGCAAUCGAGUUCACAGCCGAAGCGCGAGAAGCCGCAGCGGACAGAGCGAUCGACGCCAAGUACAGCCUCGGCCGAAACCUCGAAAAGGCCAAGAGAGCCGUCGUCGGCACGGCUGCUGCGGCCAAGCACAAGGCGAUCGACAUCAAGGACGGUGUCGGCCAUGCUCGUGACGUCGUCACCGGCACGGCUUCUGAAGUCAAGCAUCGCGCCGUCAACGUCUGGGAUAGUCUGCGGGGUGACGAUCAUGUCGUCGUCAUGGAUUCUGAAGACGUCAAGCGCAUCGAGACUAAGGUCAGAAGAUUGAGGAACGCACCGAUCAAAACGAUUUUCAGAACUUCCGUGCCUUGGAGCACGCGGCGGAGACGAUUCGCGAAGCGGCCGAGAACAUGCUCGAAGCGGCCCACGUCAUCGAGACCCUCUGA